UGGCAUCGUACUUGCAUCCAGAGACCGAAGCUCUUUCAGCUCGCAUUUGCUCUUCAAGCUUUAUUGCAAUGGCGAUGCACAAAGCAACAGCGCAGCUGACUUGCAGCAGACUAACCUUAUUCACGCUAGUUGCGGUUUUCAUCCAAAUCGUCGGCCUCUCGCUCUUCGUCUACGGUUUCUUCCCCGUCAAACCGGCCCUCUCCGGCGUCAGUGGCCUGGAGAGUUUCUAUCCGCCGGGCUAUGAUGCCGGUAAGAAUGGAAGUGAAAUACAGCCCAAUUUGCCUCCUCAUCAGCUGAAAUCCUUGUAUCAGGAGCUCUCUGGGAUCGCUCCUGCGUUUGACCGACUAAUUCUCAUGGUUAUUGAUGGUCUUCCAGCAGAAUUUGUGCUUGGCAAGGAUGGCCAGCCUCCGCUUAAAGAUCUGAUGGAAGCUAUGCCAUAUACGCAUUCAUUGUUAUCUACUGGAAAGGCAAUUGGCUACCAUGCAAAGGCUGCCCCUCCAACCGUUACAAUGCCUCGGUUAAAGGCGAUGGUUUCUGGCGCAAUAGGGGGAUUUUUGGAUGUGGCUUUCAAUUUUAACACUCAGGCUCUGUUAGAUGACAAUCUUCUUGGCCAGUUUUUCAAAAUUGGUUGGAAGAUGGUGAUGCUGGGAGAUGACACUUGGCUUAGACUGUUUCCAGGUUAAAGAUACUGUACAAGUCGACUUCAAUGUUUCUAGGCAUCUGGAAAAGGAGCUUAGCCAAAGUGAUUGGAAUCUUCUGAUUUUAGUUGUUGUCUCCUUGUAGGUUCUUCACUAUCUUGGCCUGGAUCACGUUGGACAUAUUGGAGGGCGUAGCAGGUUCUAGCUUCAUUUCAGAUGAAAGACCUGACCAAUUGAAAGUGUUGCUUGCGUUUAUUGAACAUCUUAUGUCUUAAAAAAUGGAUGAAGUGGUGGAGAUGAUUCAUUCACAUGCCAUACAACCUCAAGGAGAUGAUCAUGAACGGACACUUUUGGUGGUGGUUAGUGACCAUGGUAUGACUGAAAGUGGGAAUCAUGGAGGUUCUUCAUACGAAGAAACUGAUUCCUUAGUGCUUUUCAUUGGCCUUCAAAAUGAAAUCACCGACCAGGCAUCAGUCAGUUCCAUACAUCAGGUUGAUCUUACUCCAACGCUGGCUCUUCUUUAUAAUCUGCCAAUUCCCAAAAACAAUGUUGGAAUCCUUAUUGCUGAAACAUUUGAUUCUCUUCCAGAAGACAAAAGGCUGAGAGCUCUGCAGUUGAAUUCGUGGCAACUGCUGAGAUUAGUUCAGGCACAAUUACCAGCAUUCUCGUAUGGAGGCUCACGAGACGUUGGCUUGUCUGAUCAUGUUCAGUCAACAAACGGAGAAUGCAGUGGUAGUAUUGAGAGGACUCUUUGUUGCUUAUACACGAAAGCUGAAACUCUUAGUCAUUCCUGGGAAUCUAUGAGUGGCUCCAGGUCUGAGGCAAGGAAUGAUUACAAGGUUGCUGUUGCUGCAUAUUGGGAUUUCUUGAAUACUGCAAGUGAAUGGUUAUCACGCAGAGUAACCGAUAAACCCGUCAGCUUGCUUGCUUUUGGGAUCGCUGCGAUGGCUUUAUCAUGUCUAAUCUUUUUAGCCAUCCUAAUUUGCUUGCAAAGAGAAGUCUCGCCUUCCAUCCAGCAUGUGCGCAAGUGGUGUUUACAAGAGAUCUUUGUUCUUAGUGUUGUAUUCAUCCUUAUGAUGAGUAUGGGUUCAAGUUCCUUGGUAGAGGAAGAACAAUAUAUUUGGCAUUUUGUUACAAUGACAUCAUGCCUGUUACUACUCCGACAACUAUUAGGAUCUCUUCAUGUUGGAAGUUUUCAAAGUUCGCUUACAUUGCAGAAACAGAACCAAAGAAUUAGAUUUCAACUUUGCUCCAUGAUAUUGCUUCUUUUAUCUGGGAGAAUAUUGGGAGGCUGGCAUCAAGGUGGAGUUAACUGGACUCAUCUUCCAGACAUUUCUAAGUGGCUUGAAAAAUCAAGAAGUGGAAGUAUAAGGUCUAUUCAGCUAGCCACGGGCCUUCUUGUGAUCAGUUUGGGCUUAUUUGCUUUAUAUUUACCGAGGCCAAGAGGAAAAGCCAUUCUUCUUGCUGCAUUUUCCUUUAUAUCAUCUGGGUUCUUUGUUCUAAGGUAUGUCAUGAAACAUGGGGAGGAAAAUGCUUUUGCAUUUUCCAAUUAUGGUUCUAAUACAUCGGCCCAGAUAAUAUAUGCAAUUUUGGGUAUUUCUGCAACGACCAGCUUUUUGGUCACACCAUGGCUGAUGCCUGCUGGGAGUUCUCAUGAUCAUUCAAGACAUCAUUUAAACUCAAAGCAGUCAAUUCCUAUUGGCAUUCAACAUGAGGAUCUGUUGUUGGCACUUAAAGAUUCUUCUUAUGUGAUUGGGCUGGCAUAUGUUAUAUGCUGUUGUCUUCUACAGCUGCUGCUUCAACAGGGAAUCAAUGCAAUGCCCAUCCUCUUGCUUAUGGUACAAAUUUUGGGUAGCAUGCUUUGUUAUUCUCAGAGUGGACAAUACCAUACGGAAUUGGUUGAGGUUGCAUCACUGUACUACUUGGGAAUGGCCGGCCAUUUUGCUCUAGGGAACAGCAAUACUCUAGCCACUAUCGAUGUUGCUGGAGCCUUCAUCGGAAUCUCAAGUCACUCCAUAUUCCUUUCUGGUAUCUUGAUGUUCAUAAUCACCUACGCUUCUCCGCUGCUAUUUCUUCUGAGUUUGGUCAUGUUCAACUCUGUCAAAACCACACACUAUCUUGCAAAUGAUGCACAUACGGUUAACUCGGGCCAGCUUCUCAAGACCAUGCUUGGGUUUCCUUGCCUAGUUCCGUUGUGCUUAAACUCAAUCCUCUUGACAUCAUACACCGUCGUGUUGGUCUUGAUGAGGAACCAUUUGUUUGUGUGGUCCGUCUUCUCUCCCAAAUACUUGUACGUUUUCGCGACGACGGUCUGCAUUUAUGUCGGGGUCCUUGUGGUGGCUGUGACAGAGACUUACGCGUUGCUGGUGCUAGCCUUCAGGAGAAAGCAAUGUCUGACUGGUCAUGGAGUUGAAUCGACUGGUGAAGAAGAUGCUUUGACGACCUAUAACUUCUAGGAGAGGUGGAGACCAACACUUUUAGAGAAAAUGGUCGACCCUUACAAAGCAGUGUGCAUUUUUAGAUGAUGUUGUCCCGCAUCUCAGACUAGGCAAAGCAAAUUGAUAAACUUAGGCAUUAGUGAAUAUUUAAGCAAGUGUGAUGAGGACUUGGUUUGCUGUUUGUGCUUUAGAAAGUUCUCUAUUGAAGCUUCAAGUUGAGAUCAAGACGCAAGGUGAGAGGGGGCAAAUUUUGACCAAGUCCAAAAACAGUCUUUCGGUAUCAACUUUGGGAAGAUGCACAAGCUUAGUGGGGAUUGUUCGAAGGUGACCAAAGCCUUGGCAUUAAAGUACGAAUGUUGAAGCAUGAUGACCAAGCAUGGAUGGAAGGGAAACAAGUCUUCUGGUGGUUCAACGAAGGGUCUCAAGUUGCUAUCGAUACACAAUCAAAACUUGAGCAAAGGCAUAAUUUGUCCAAGUAUUGAACACGGGUUGAGCUAGGAACUUCAGGGCCUUAUUCGAAGAGUUUGGGAGCUUGUCAAUGGAAGCCGAGAGUUGAGAAUGAAAGUAGGACUCUUGUUAAACAACAUCAAGGAGUUGGGUGACUGAAUUGAAGCUUCCAAGACGUCGAACCAUGGACUCAAAGUAGCUAUGGAAGACUAUUUCUUUACUUGCGCCGGAAGUAACUUUCUUGUGUAAUAAGCUAUUAGUUGCGGCCAAUUCCUUUCCUUUUUCUAUUUUGGAUUCUUGUUUCCUU